AUGGAUGAUGAGGAUGCUGAAAGUGGCUCAAGUGGUUCGAACACCAUUGCCCUCUCAACACACAUCGAAUCUGCAGAUUCAGUUGAUGAACGAUUGCUGCGGAUUUUCGAUGAGUACUGUCAACGAGCAGUGGAAAGAAGCGCCGAUUCAAGCUUGGCACCUUCGGCAUGUGCGGAUUUAUUUACGAUUGCAAUUUGUUAUGGAUUUGGUCAUACUCUUUAUGAGCACUUCGAUUCGAAAGUUGAACGAUACGUGCGGGAAUUACUCAAAAUUCGUGGCCUGGUUACUCGCCCUCUCAAAAAUAUAAGUAUUACAUUGAAUGAGCUGAGCGAACAAGAAGCUUCAUUUGGUUUCAAGAAAUGGGCUCGAAAUUUUCUAACGCCAUAUUCAGCUCUCGAUGAGUCAUUUGAAGAAAAUCGGGGCGCGUUGCGAAUUCGUCAAUUACAGUUUCGACAGCGAAUGUUUGAAUUGAGAGAGGCGGUUCUUUGUAAUGAUUGGCCGAGAGUGGGUUCUUUGAUCGGAUCUAUCGAUAUAAUUCGUCUUGAUCCCGUUCAGUUUACACGUCGAGAACGUUGGAGCAGAUAUUACAAUGUUUAUGCGAGAAUAGCGCCGUUCAUAGUUUCAAUAUUCCAUGCUGGUGCGCAACGUCUUAUGCAGCAUAAUAUUCCUCGGGACCUUUUAGCGAAAUCGAUCAACGAGUUUAUGUUGGCUGUUGUGAACGCACAAAAGUGUAAUGAGACUGCGGUUCGUGCAAGGAAUUUUUCAUUAUUGUACUUAUGCGAAGUGUUAGCGUUUUUGAUCGCUAACGGCCUGCACGAAGACGCGUCUAUUCUCGUCUCUUCAACAUCCUCUAUAGUAGCUGCCGCGCAGAUGAAAUCUUAUAUGGAUGUAAUGAAAAGUUAUAAAGCAUUGUACCGAUAUGAAAUUUGGCGAUGGAAUGGCCGUCCUAGAAAUCCGAAUGAUGUUUAUCCUUUGGUUGAUGACCUUAUCAGUGCAAUCGAUGAGUUACCAGUAGGUACAUCGAGUGUACUUAUCUAUGCAAUGGUUGACCUGUUGAAAUCAUUAGACGUCACCACGACAAUAUUAGAAAAAUUGAUCGAUUGUUGUAGAAGAGCACCGUUCAUGUUAUCAUAUGCUCAUGAUGCGUUGAUCAAUAAUGGAUUGCAAGACGAAGCUGAAGAUCUCUUAACUGAGGUUGUGAUACCCACUUUAAAGUUGAGUGGAUCUGAUCCGAUUCUACUAGAGUGGAUCCAGCCUCGUCUUCUGAAUCCGCAAAGCUUCGAUAGGUCAUUUGAGACGAUUUCUCAUAUCUGCAAAAUCUUAUUCCAUUUCCUGGACUAUGGUGAAAAUAGAUCAAACGAUCGUGCAUGGGCUUUUCUUUGGGCAUGUGUGGAGGCUAUGAGUGAUCGUAGGAUGUUAAGAUUCUAUUGGCGAUCACGUAAAAGUUGGUGGUUUAGAUUUCAUUGUGUACCACUGAGUGAUACGGGUAACGAAUGUCGACUGAAAGUGUUUCAGUUGCUUCAAAAGAUAAAGUAA